GUGCCAUCCCCCAAUCGUUACAGUCGUCGGACCGCCAGGGACCUCAGUUUUCUUCUCAUGCUGAGCUCACUCCAACAUACACCGACUCAGACACCGAAGGCUGACCCAUCCGCUGUCACCUCUCCAUACAGGAAUAAACCGCGGUACUCAUGCGCCAAAUGCAGCGCCACUCUUGCGCUGCAAGAUGAGCUAUUCAGCAAAGCAUUUUCAGGGCGCGAAGGCCGGCACUUUUGAUGCACAAUCUGGUUAAUGUUCAGGUGGGCAAAUCUGAGGAUCGCACCCUUCUAACUGGACUCCAUACAGUGGCCGAUAUUUAUUGUCUCGGUUGCGGAGUAACCCUAGGCUGGACUUAUUUACGUGCCCACGAGCCUAGCCAGCGCUAUAAAGAAGGAAAGUUGUCUGUGAUGCCCCCGAAUACGAGAUUUGGGCUCACCGAUGUUUCGAUUCGAUCAUCUCAGGCAAGUAUAUUGUGGAGACUCAGCGCGUCAUCAAAGAAACAAUUGGAUCCUGGGCUCCUAGUGGCAAGCCGAUUCACCAUCCCCUCGCUAUGAACUCGUGUUCCGGACUUCCGUAGAUGCAGCGGCCCCUGGAUCGAGACGCCGGGCGCUACUUAUGUAAUCACGUGCUGAUUUUUUUCGUCAAUUAAUUGGAGGAUGAUACUGUGACAGUUGCAGAACUGCCCAUUAAGCUUGGAGUGCCCCUACCGCCCAUAUUCCCAAUGAUAAGGCUUUCGCCAGACGUCAUUGUGGAUAUCCAGCGCAUUCUAGAGCUGAAUCAUUCGGAUGUUUUCU